AUGGACACUACAUCAGCUCCACAAAUAAUCGAGCAUAUCAAUGAACCUCUCAAUUUCACUCCUUUCGACGUUCGUUGGGUACCCCGAUCAGCCCGAUUUGCUCUGAUGGGGCAGUUCCCAAAGGCAACGGGGGUUGUUCGUAUCUGCGAGAUGGAUCAAGGCAAACUCACGAAGUUGAUAGAGAAAGAAUGGCCUGUUGGGGUCAAGUGUGGAACAUUCGCGGCCUCCCCUUCCUACGACGCUAGACAUCUGGCUAUCGGUGACUACCAAGGCCGCCUCACUAUUUUCGACGUGGAUCGUAUGGACAAACCAUCCUUCAGUGUCAAGGCUCACGGCUCAAUAAUCAACACUGUUGACGGAUGCAAAGGUCCGGGACCAGUCGAGAUCGUAACCGGAUCUAGAGAUGGCAGCGUGAAGAUAUGGGAUCCUCGAACACAAGACCCAGUGGUCUGCCUCGAGCCAGUGACCACACCUCAAGAUAAUCAUUGCUGGGCCGUGGCCUUCGGGAAUGCGUAUAACGAGAUCGAACGGGUCGUCGCUGCAGGUUACGAUAACGGCGACAUCAAGCUAUUCGACCUCCGCACGAUGCAGCUUCGAUGGGAUACUAACGUGAAGAACGGCGUGACUCAUGUCGCCUUCGAUAGGAAGGACAUCAAAAUGAACAAGCUGGCAGUUAGCUGCCUCGAAGCUACCAUGAUAGUUUACGAUAUGCGAACCUAUAAUCCAACCUCUGGCUACAGUGGAUGCCUUGAGAAAGUUCUUACCAGAGGGGAAAACCAGAAAAAUCAGCCACAAGGAGGAGCUGGCACUGUUUGGGGCUGCCAUUUCCUGCCACAAAACCGUGAUAUCUGGUGCACUGCUGGGGGAUCGGGCGGCCUCUUUUUGCACAAAUACAAUUAUCCAAUGGAACGCGAGACGCGUGAUAAGAACAACAAUCCUCUUGGUGUUGCUGGUACCUGUGAGCUAUUGAACCAACGUGAUGUAUCGACACAGCCCAUCAUCGCCUUCGAUUGGCAUCCCGACAAGGAAGGUUUAGCUGUUAUGGGGAGUCUCGAUCAGACUGUCAAAGUGGCUAUUUGCACGAAGCUGAACCUGUACUGA